GCGAGCCCGAGCCGUCUCUCCAGAACGCGCACCGCACGGGGACGCACACGCCUCUACUCCCAGACGGACGCAUGGAUGCGCCGCUCGUUCGGUUCGGUCCCUCCAGGUGCGAGCGCUGGGCAUCGGCGCCGCGCGCGUAACACGAGCCACCGGCGGGAGAGCGCGAGGAGCACCUCUUUGUCACUUAUCAGUCUGAUGUCCACCAUGUCGGGGUUCCGCGCUUCCAUCGCGUCUUCUGGAAAAUGAUAGAGCUGAACACUGACGGUAAAAUAAUGGUGAGAAGAUGCCUUGUGACGUUCAAACCGUUCAGGAUUUUUGUGGUGGGGAUCGGCUUCUUCAGCCUGUGCUUUCUAAUGACCUCCCUAGGGGGGCAGUUCUCAGCCAAGCGACUGGGGGACUCGCCCUUCACCAUCAGGACUGAAGUGUUGGGGGGUCUGGAGUCCCGUGGGGUCCUCCGCAAGAUUAGCGACAUGCUGGAGGUCAUCAUGAAGAGGGUCGAUGCCCUAGCCAAGCUGGGCAACAACAGUGACUCCCGCAGGCUCGAUGAACUAAGCUCUGCCAUCAACAGGUUCCAGCCGGUGGGACUCUUCGAACGCAUUCAGGCCAUCGCCCAGAACGUGUCCAACAUGGCUGUGCGUAUGGAGCAGAUUCUGCAGCACAGCAUGGCCGUAGGCAGAGUGGUCCGAGAUGGAACCAGCAGCCAGUGUGAAGUGCCCAAGGACCCUCGGUACCCAGACUGCUCCAGCAAAGUGGACUGGAUGCGGGCUCGGUGGACCUCAGAUCCCUGCUAUGCUUUUUAUGGUGUGGACGGCUCGGACUGCUCAUUCCUUGUCUACCUGAGUGAGGUGGAGUGGUUCUGCCCCCCACUGGCCUGGAGGAACCACACCAGGCCCCAGCCACCUAAGGUACCAGGCAAGAGACAGGCGGCUUUCCGCACGGACAUCAGCACCCUGCUGGAGCAGGUGGGCACUGGCAAGGAGUCACUGAGCUUCAUGAAGAGGCGCAUCCGCAGACUGGCUGCACAGUGGGGUACUGCAGCCCACCGGCUGGACGGCAAGCUGCGCGGGCGUUGGAGGGACCAGAAGAGGAUCCUGGUGCACGUGGGCUUCCUGACUGAGGAGUCCGGGGAUGUGUUCAGUCCCAAGGUCCUCAAAGGUGGACCACUGGGGGAGAUGGUGCAGUGGGCUGACAUCCUGAGCGCCCUCCACGUCCUCGGCCACAACCUCAAGAUCUCUGUUUCUGUGAAGGAGCUGCAGGGGUUCCUUGGGGUGCCCCCUGGAAGAGGAAGUUGUCCCCUCACGGGCCCUUUGCCCUUUGACCUCAUUUACACAGAUUACCACGGUCUACAGCAGAUGAAGCAGCACAUGGGCCUGUCGCUGAAGAAGUACAAAUGUCACAUCCGAGUGAUUGACACCUUUGGCACUGAACCCGCUUAUAACCACGAGGAAUAUGCCACUCUGCACGGCUACAGGACCAACUGGGGCUACUGGAAUCUCAACUCCAGGCAGUUUAUGACCAUGUUCCCUCACACCCCGGACAACUCCUUCAUGGGCUUUGUCUCAGAGGAGCUGAAUGAGACAGAGAAGCUGAACAUCCAGAGGAACAAAGUUGAUGACAUGGCUGUUGUGUAUGGCAAGGAGGCGAGCAUGUGGAAGCUCCAGGGCAAAGAGAAGUUCCUGCAGAUUCUGCACCGAUACAUGGAGAUCCAUGGUACAGUGUACUAUGAGACGCAGCGACCCCCAGAAGUGCCUGCCUUUGUCAAGAACCAUGGGCUGCUUCCCCAGCAGGAGCUGCAACAGCUGCUACGCAAGGCCAAGCUCUUCAUUGGAUUUGGUUUCCCCUACGAAGGCCCCGCUCCCUUGGAAGCUAUAGCCAAUGGAUGCAUCUUCCUCCAGCCCAAAUUCAACCCCCCGCACAGUUCGCUUAAUCACGAGUUCUUCAGAGGAAAACCCACAUCCAGAGAGGUGUCAUCCCAGCACCCCUACGCUGAACAGUACAUCGGCCGGCCCCAUGUUAUGACUGUGGACUACAACAACUCCCAAGAGUUUGACUCAGCCAUUAGAGAAAUAAUGAGGACCAAGGUUGAACCCUACCUGCCCUAUGAAUACACCUGUGAGGGAAUGCUGGAGCGAGUUCAUGCCUACAUACAGCACCAGGAUUUCUGUGCACCUGAUAUUCCACUCCCUCUGGCAAACUCCUCUAAAACAAGGUCAGGGAGCCCAUCAGGGCCUUUCAUUGCCCUACCUAAUUCCACCGGCCUAGGCUGGUCCUCCAGUGUCAGUGCCCCACCAUCCUGGCCACCCCUGAGUGCCCUGCAACUGUUCAUCUCCAAGGAGGCCCAGUCAUGUGUAGAGGCAUGCCACCAUGAAGGGCUGGUUUGCGAACCUACUUUCUUUCGCUUCAUCAACACCAAGGAGGCCCUCAGUCGGUCGGAGGUGCAGUGUGAGGGGGUGGAGACCGAGAUGAACCACAUCUUCCCUGCUUUCUCCGUGGUACGCAAGGAAUGUGGUCUGCAGAAGGAAGCGCUGCUGUUUAGCUGUGCUGGGUUGAGUGCCAAGUACCGGCGCCUCUGCCCCUGCCGCGAUUUUCGCAAGGGUCAGGUGGCAUUGUGCAAGGACUGCUUGUGACAUACCACAGAUCCCAUGUCUACCCCCUCCCUCCCAAAUUGGAGUCCUUGUCCAAUCAGCUGCAGAGUUCAGACCUACCAGGUUGACGGCCAGCUCCGCGGUAAUGUGUCGUCAACUGGAAGGCAGCAAGUAUGGUGCCUCAGUACCACUCCUAAAGUCGCAUAAGAGGAUUUCCCAUCUUAAUUCCGUUCGACAUUCCACCCAGUUGACAGAGGGGAGGCAUUCCAACAGAAUUUGAAAAGAAAAUGAUGAUGAUGGCUGUAAUUUUUAGAUGUGGUCCCCUGUUGAUCGUCAAAAUCCUCCCUGAGCUACCAUAAAGAGGCACUCCAAUAAUUCCUGGCUUGGUCCUCAGCACUGUAGAAUCCUUCCAAGGACCCCAUGCUGCAAGGACUAUGCAGGAUUGAUGAACGUUUGAUGCCAAACCCGGUAAAAUGAAAUAAUAAUCUAAAAGUGUCAGUUGACAGAACUGAGCAGAAACUUCCUGCUCUAGUACAUUCAGCAGUUGAUUUGACGGAUUCCUCUCAUCAGCAGCUGCUCGCUGGGUCAUUUGUUGCCAGGUGGAAGUUCUCCAGUUCUGAGCACAAAGUAAUGAAGAUCCUCGUGCUGAAACAUCCUGACAAUGUGCUGUUGAAACACUCUUCAGCCGUUGAGUGAGUACACUGUGAAUUGUGGGAGGACAACUCAUUGUGGCACAGGACCAGCGCAUGAAAUCAGCUCCACGUUGGAUCUGGGCAGUUGGACUCCACGGGGGCCCUUCCUUCUCCCGGCAUAAACGACAGCGUGUGUUAGAAUGCCCUGGGUGAUGACUGUGCUGCACUCACAUCCGUACUGAACUGUGAAAGAGAAUAUUUUUGAA